CACGUGCGUAUGGCCACCGCGCGCCCGCCCUGCCGCCCCCGCAUGCAGCAACCGGAACCCAACUCAUCUCUCCAGCAACAGUCACCUGCAGAGAUGUCCUCAGUCCUGCACUUCUAUGUCCGUCCCUCUGGCCAUGAGGGAGCAGCCUGUGGGUACACUCAGAGGAAGCUGCAAGAGAAACUGCCAGAGCUGCAGGAUAUCAAGACCGAGCUGUGCUACAAUGUGAACUGGACAGUUAAUUCUUCCCCAAGUGCUGAGGAACUGAAGAAGCUGACGUGGCUGUUUGGCUGCCCCUUGUUACUGGACGAUGUCGCUCAGGAGUCCUGGCUCCUUCCCGGCUCCAGUGACCUGCUGUUGGAGGUCGGGCCCAGGCUGAACUUCUCCACCCCGACCUCCACCAACAUCGUGUCAGUGUGCCAGGCUGUGGGGCUGGGGGCUGUGGACCGCGUAGAGAGGACCCGGCGCUACCUGCUCUCGUUUGCCCACCCGCCUUCAGCUGAGAUGGAGGCCAUCGCGUUGGCCACCCUGCAUGACCGGAUGACAGAGCAGCACUUCCCCCAACCCAUCCAGAGCUUCUCCCUUGGCUGCAUCCAAGUCCCCCUAGGUGGCCCAAUCGACAUACUGGCCGAGGGCCAAUCUGCCCUGGAGAAAGCCAACCAGGAGCUGGGUCUGGCCCUGGACUCUUGGGACCUGGAUUUCUACACCAAGCGCUUCCAGGAGCUGCAGCGGAACCCCAGCACUGUGGAGGUCUUCGACUUGGCUCAGUCCAAUAGUGAGCACAGCCGACACUGGUUCUUCAAGGGCCGACUCCACGUGGAUGGGCAGGAGCUGGCACACUCUCUGUUUGAGUCCAUCAUGAGCACCCAGGCAUCCUCCAACCCCAACAACAUCCUCAAGUUCUGUGACAACAGCAGUGCAAUCCAGGGGAAGGAAGUCCAAUUCCUACGGCCUGAGGACCCCACACGGCCAAGCUGCUUUCGGCAACAUCAGGGGCUGAGACAUGUUGUCUUCACAGCAGAGACUCACAACUUCCCCACGGGAGUAGCCCCCUUCAGCGGUGCAACCACUGGCACAGGGGGCCGGAUCCGAGAUGUGCAGUGCACAGGCCACGGGGCCCACGUCGUGGCUGGCACUGCUGGCUAUUGCUUCGGAAACCUGCACAUCCCAGGUUACAGCAUGCCCUGGGAGGAUUCACGCCUCCAGUAUCCUGAGAACUUUGCCCGACCCCUGGAGAUUGCCAUCGAGGCCAGUAAUGGGGCUUCCGACUACGGCAACAAGUUUGGAGAACCAGUGCUGGCUGGCUUUGCCCGCUCCUUGGGCCUCCAGCUCCCAGACGGCCAGCGGCGUGAGUGGAUCAAGCCCAUCAUGUUCAGUGGAGGCAUUGGGACCAUGGAAGCUGAGCACGUGAGCAAGGAGCCCCCAAAGCCAGGCAUGGAUGUUGUGAAGAUUGGGGGUCCUGUCUAUAGAAUUGGAGUUGGGGGCGGAGCUGCUUCAUCUGUGCAGGUGCAGGGAGACAAUGCCAGUGACCUGGACUUUGGGGCUGUGCAGCGGGGAGACCCAGAGAUGGAACAGAAGAUGAACCGCGUGAUCCGGGCUUGUGUAGAGGCUCCUGGCGGGAACCCUAUCUGCAGCCUCCAUGACCAGGGUGCCGGUGGCAACGGCAAUGUCCUAAAGGAGCUGAGUGACCCAGCUGGAGCCAUCAUUUACACCAGCCGCUUCCAGCUUGCGGAUCCGACCUUGAGUGCCCUGGAAAUCUGGGGGGCCGAGUACCAGGAGUCGAAUGCGCUUCUGCUGAGGCCCCCCGACCGGGACUUCCUGAGUCGUGUCAGCGCCCGGGAACGCUGCCCAGUUUGCUUUGUGGGCACCAUCACCGGAGACAGGAGAAUAGUGCUGGUGGAUGAUCGGGAAUUUCCUGGGAAAAGAAGUGACGAGGGGGAUGCACCCCCAACACCUCCCUCAAACCCUGUGGACCUGGACCUGGACUGGGUGCUGGGCAAGAUGCCACAGAAGGAGUUCUUCCUCCAGAGGAGUCUUCCUGUGCUGCAGCCUCUGGCCUUGCCCGCAGGGCUGAGCGUGCACCAGGCUCUGACGUGGGUUCUCAGGCUGCCUGCUGUGGCCAGCAAGCGCUACCUUACCAACAAGGUGGACCGCUCCGUGGGUGGCCUGGUGGCACAGCAGCAGUGUGUCGGACCCCUACAGACCCCUCUGGCAGACGUGGCGGUUGUGGCGCUGAGCCACCAGGCGCUCGUAGGGGCUGCCACAGCCCUGGGAGAGCAGCCAGUCAAGAGCCUGCUGGACCCCAAGGCUGCUGCCCGGCUGGCCGUGGCUGAAGCUCUCACCAACCUGGUGUUUGCUCUGGUCACUGACCUCCGGGAUGUGAAAUGCAGCGGGAACUGGAUGUGGGCAGCUAAGCUCCCGGGGGAGGGUGCGGCUCUGGCUGACGCCUGUGAGGCUAUGGUGGCAGUGAUGGCGGCCCUGGGUGUGGCGGUGGAUGGUGGCAAGGACUCCCUCAGCAUGGCUGCCCGGGUUGGCUCUGAGACCGUGCGGGCUCCUGGGUCGCUGGUUAUCUCAGCCUAUGCUGUCUGUCCAGACAUCACAGCCACUGUGACCCCAGACCUCAAGCAUCCUAAAGAGAGAGGCCAUCUGCUCUAUGUGCCUCUGAGUCCUGGGCAGCACCGGCUGGGGGGCACAGCUCUGGCCCAGUGCUUCUCUCAGCUUGGUGAGCAGCCUCCCGACCUGGACCUUCCCGAGAACUUGGUGCACGCCUUCAGCAUCACCCAGGGGCUGCUGAAAGACCGCCUCCUCUGCUCAGGCCAUGACGUCAGUGACGGGGGUCUCAUCACCUGCCUGCUAGAGAUGGCCUUUGCUGGGAAUUGUGGGAUAGAGGUGGACAUACCUGCCCCUGGGGUUGAUGCACUGCCUGUGCUGUUUGCUGAGGAGCCAGGCCUAGUGCUGGAGGUGCAGAAGCCAGAUGUGGCCCAAGUGCUGACUCGUUACUGGGAUGCCGGCCUCCACUGCCUGGAGCUGGGCCACACGGGCGAUGCCGGGCCCCAUGCCACGGUCCGGGUGUCAGUGAACGGCGCUGUGGUUCUGGAGGAGCCUGUCGGGCAGCUCCGAGCCCUCUGGGAGGAGACCAGUUUCCAGCUGGACCGGCUGCAGGCAGAGCCACACUGUGUGGCAGAGGAAGAACAGGGGCUGAGGGAGCGGACAGGGCCCACCUACUGCCUGCCCCCUACCUUCCCCAAAGCUUCUGUGCCUCACGAGCCUGGUGGCCCCACCCCCCGAGUCGCCAUUUUUCGAGAAGAGGGCAGUAAUGGAGACCGGGAGAUGGCCGAUGCCUUCCACUUGGCUGGGUUUGAGGUGUGGGAUGUGACCAUGCAGGACCUCUCCUCUGGAGCAAUCAGGCUGGACACAUUCCGCGGGGUGGCCUUUGUGGGCGGCUUCAGCUAUGCGGACGUCCUUGGCUCUGCUAAAGGGUGGGCAGCUGCUGUGACGUUUAACCCACAGGCCGGGGCUGAGCUGAGGCACUUCCGGCAGCGGCCAGACACCUUCAGCCUGGGCGUGUGUAACGGCUGUCAGCUGCUGGCUCUGCUGGGCUGGGUGGGAGGCAGUCCCAGUGAGGAGGCAGCAGAGACGGGCCAUGAUUCCUGGCCAGCCCGGCCCGGCCUCCUGCUGCGCCACAACGUGUCUGGGCGUUAUGAGUCUCGCUGGUCCAGCGUGCGUGUGGGCACCGGGCCCGCCCUGAUGCUGCGAGGGAUGGAGGGUGCUGUGCUGCCUGUGUGGAGCUCUCAUGGGGAAGGUUACAUGGCGUUUUCUUCUCCAGAACUCCAAGCCCAGAUGGAGGCCAGGGGCUUGGCCCCGCUGCACUGGGCAGACGAUGACGGGAACCCCACAGAGCAGUACCCCCUGAAUCCCAACGGGUCCCCAAGGGGUGUGGCUGGUGUCUGCUCCCCUGAUGGCCGCCACCUGGCUCUCAUGCCUCACCCUGAGCGGUCUGUGAGGCCUUGGCAGUGGGCAUGGCGACCCCCUCCAUUUGACACUCUGACUACCUCCCCCUGGCUCCAGCUCUUCAUCAAUGCCCGAAACUGGACCCAGGAAGGAAGCUGCUGAGCAGGCCAGGGAUGCUCCCCUGGGUACCAUGGAGAAUUAAGGUUAACUAGAUUGCCCAGGGUCACACAACUUGUGAAGGGACCAGCUGGGAGGCCUUGCUCAGUACUGCAACAUCUGCUUCCUGUCAUCCUGCAGUCACAGUCAUGGAGACAGCAUCGUCAGGACUUCUUGCUGACAGCUGUCCUUGCUUCCUUUGCUCACAGGAGUGUGUAGAGGCCACUUCCUCCUGACAGUUGUGUGGUACAGCUCAAGUCAGUCCGCCCCCUAAAUAGCUCAACAUCUUGAUUAAAGAAAUUCCCUGAGAAGGGAGACUGGAAUCUCAGAUCCCUGAGGACGUCGGGCCUGGCGGGGAAGGGGGAGGCCCCACACCGUGCUCCUGGUAGAACAGCCAAAGGAGAGACUGGUCGUGAAGAAACAGUGUUAAAUUUCAGCUAUGGAGAAAAUAACUGGAUUGUUUUCUUAUUGCUUUGCAAACUCACUUACCCUGAACAGUGUGGGGCUAGUAGGUCAUUUCUGGUAUUUGAAUUUUCCUUCAUGGUGCUGGGAAGCAACGUAUAUAUAUAAUCAGAUAAUCUCAAAUUGACAAUUUUGAGGACUGAUCCCAGGGCUGGGAUGUCAAGUUUACAAGCACUUGAUGCAAAGGUAGCAGGAUGGUAUGUGAAGUAACCUGCUGAUUGGCUGUGGUAGAUGAAUUCAUGCACUUUGGAGAAGGAGCAGUUUCUGGUUUUGAUCACUCUGGCCAAGCAAGACCCACCCUCGGACACUGCCAUGACGAAGUCAGCUCAGCUUCUCAUCCUUGUUUUUAUCUAGUAGCCACACAUCACCCUGUCCUUGCUGGUCCCUGACCCAGCUCCUAUCUCCCCAUCCAUCCCAAAAGCCCCUCCUGGUGGUGGCUUUUAUUCUCAAAGCUCAUCUUAUCUUCCUCAGGCCAGGGAGUUGGGGUUUGGGUCCCCUCCAUACCACUCCCAGAUUAUUCUCCACCCACUUUGAAGAAAAUAUUGCCCAUUUUAGGUUCAUGCCAUCCUGUAUCACCUUCAUCCUGUACUUUGUGUUCUGCUGACUUCCCCAUCACUUGGGAUACCAGUCGUUCCCAAUAUCUGAUUCCCCUUUCUAGAAACGGGACCUCUCAGUACUUUAGCAGGGGUCGUGGCUACUCAAAAUAAAGAUGACAUCUCCCAGUGUCCCUAAUAGCUCUGACUAAAUUCUGACCAAUAAAAGAGAAAAUGAUGUACACAAUUUCUAAGUGUCCUUAAAGGAAGGGAUGUAUGCUUCUCUUCAUCUAGUCUUGCUUCCUGCUACCUGCAUUGAAGACGUGAUGGCUAGAACUGCAGCAUUAUUUUGGACCAUGAGUUGGCUUUGGGGCACUAGCACCAUGCAGAGUAGAGUAAUAAGAUAGGAGACUGGGUUUCUUGACACUGAGGAGUAUGGACAAGCCCUGAACAGGCUAUCACUGGGUAUCUUAAACUUCUGUCUUGUUUAAUCCCUAUUUUGGUGUUUUCUGUUCCUUGUAGUCAAAUCUUAUCCUAUUCAACCCUUCCUAACUCCCCCUCAUUAUUCAAGGGCAUUGCUCCCUGGUUUAUAUUCUUGCUUUCCACCUCAGCCCCUUCCAUUAUCCUGAUCCAUGUUAAUAACCAUAUAACAAAAUGAUCUUUUCUUCAAUGACUUCCUCCAUUCACCUCAGCCCUGGAAUGUUGUCAUCACCCCAGAUCUUCUUCACUUCACACUCAUUUAUUCGAGCACCCUACCUCUGACCUUAGCCUCGCUUCCUUCCACUUUGCAUCUUCAUCUUCAGUAUUCAUCUCAAAGUCAUCAGGACCUCCAGCUCAAUAGCAACUUACCCCCAAUCCAUUUCUUCUCUCUUCUUCCCUCUUAUCCAGCCUCCAGUAAUAGCCUUUCCAGUGCCCUUCAACUUGACCCAGUAUCUUUUCAUCAUUCCCAUUUGACUAAAUCCUAACCCAUCAGCUUUCUCUGAGAAAGCCAGACAACAGGGCAGAUUGUCUCAUUAUCAUCAAUUCAUCAUUACCCACCUAUGAGGGAAACGGGGAAUGGGAAUGAGAAACAGAUCAAAUGUAAUGAGAGGGCACUCAAGUGGAGCCGUGAUAGUAAUGCACCAUGAACUAAAGGGGUAAGAUGACCUCAGCUCACUACACCCAAGGUCUAAAGCAAAACCAUUUACAAUAACAUCCAAAUCUAAGUCCUGCCCUCUCUCUGGGUCUCAUCAGUCAACAGCUCUUGGAUCAAAUUCUUUGUAGGACACUGAAGGCUCUCAGAGCAGCAUCACAUGCCUCUCUUUCCAGCCCAAAUCACUGUUGUAGUUUUUUUCAUCACUGCAGUCUUGCUCUGAACUAUGUGUUUCUUUGAUCAGAGAGCUGUCUCCUCAGUAGAGUGUAAACUCAAUGAGAGCAGUUUUGCCUUCCACUGUAGCCUACCUCCUAGUGUGGUGCCUGUCACCUACCAGAUGCUCCAUAAAUAUAUAUUUAACAAAUGAAUGAAUCUGAAUGUUAAAAUUAGUAAAGGUUGAUACACCUUUUUUUUUUCUUAAUAGAAGAGUGAACUUAGUGAACUGGGCUCGCGGGUGGCUUGGCUUUGCAGUUCCUCUCAAGCGUUUCCCCUUUUUACUUCAUUUCUCCAGUAUGCAAAAUACUGUUUCAAGCCCUUGUCAUCAUUUCAAGUGAAUGACACUAUGUAUGUGUUGGGGUGGGGGUGGGAGGACAGGAAGAACCAGUAAGUCUUGCCUCUGUCUUCACUUAACACUUGCCUGGCAGCCAAAAGGGACCUUCAAUUUCAUAGAAAAAGACACAGCACUGAACUGAGCAUGUGUUCAUCCCCUGUCAGCGCAAAGUGUGCUGGAAGGAAGGCUCCAGCAGGACCAGGCACAGAGAGGAGGAAGUGUGUGCAGGGAUCUGGAUGGGACACCCCCACCCCUACAAGAAGGCCACUUUCUCCAGAGAGGCUCCCAGCCUCUCCAAUAAUAGGCCAACCCACACCUGAGCGUCCCUCCAAACAGUGCCUGGGACACCUGCCCAAACUCAGAUGUGGACAAGGGGGAUAGAAAGGAAAAAAGGUGGUCAUCAGACAAUGAGCCUAUGGGAGGAGAAUGUCUCCCACAGCAGCUGAGUCUUCAGAGGCCCAGGGUCCCACAAGCUCUAUUU